GGCGGGGUCUCGGUCCGCCUCCGUCCGCUCAGAGCUGCUCUCCUCUCGGCUCCGCCGGCUGCUGCUCCCCGCUGAAGCUCUGUUCCGCUGCUCGCUGUGGGACUCUCCUCUCCCGGACCCGGACCGGGGCUGCAGCUGCAGGACCAUGGCCGCCAAAGAGGACCUGUACAGCAAGAUAGUCCCUCGGAGGCUCCGGCAGAACCGAGCCGGAUCCGUGAAAAGUGGCUCCAACCUGGACGUGCUGCUGUCCAUGGGCUUCCCCCGAGCCAGGGCGCUCAAAGCGCUGGUGUCGACUGGAGGUCGCAGCGUUCAGGCCGCCUGUGACUGGCUGUUCUCCCACCUGGACGACCCGUUCCUGGACGACCCGCUGCCCAGGGAGUUUGUCCUGUACCUGCGACCCAGCGGGCCGCUGCAGAACCAGCUGUCCCACUUCUGGCAGCAGAGCCGGCUCACCUGUGGGAAAAACAAAGCCCACAACAUCUUCCCUCACAUCACGCUCUGCCAGUUCUUCAUGUGCUCGGACCAGAAGGUGGAGUCUCUGUGUGAAGCCCUGCAGGCCACCGUGCAGCAGUGGCGGGGCCGGUUCCCCAGCCCGCUGCCGCUGGAGCUCUACACCUCCUCAAACUUCAUCGGCCUCUUCGUGGAGGAGACGGUGGCCGACGUCCUCAAGCAGUUUGCGGCUGAGUUCGCCGCAGAGGCGGUCCAGAAGGCAGAGGUCCAGGUGGAGCCUCACAAGAAGCAGCUCCACGUCACGCUGGCCUACAACUUCCCAUCAGACCACCUGUCCUCGCUGGAGAAGCUGGCCAAGGGCAUCGAGGUGAAGCUGGGCUGUGAUUGGCUGGCCGUCCUCUUCUCCCGGGACAUCCGUUUCGCUAAUUACGAGACGCUGCGGGUCCUGUAUCCCUACACGCCGCACAACGAUGACGAGCUGGAGCUGGUUCCUGGAGACUUCGUCUUCACGUCGUCCUCGGACCCCAGCAGCGCCAGCGAGGGCUGGGUCCACGGGUCCUCGCUGGCCACCGGGCUGUCCGGCCUGCUGCCCGAGAACUACGUCAGCCCGGCCGACGAGUGCGACACCUGGGUCUUCCACGGUUCCCACUCCUUCUUCAGCUGUGGGCCCAGCGACCGGACCAGUAAAGGCCUGUUUGAAGGCCUGCUGGACAGCCGGCGCUCCGACAGCAGCAGUCCUGGAGACACGCCCUCGCUCAGCCUCAUCUGCCAUCCCAUGCAGCAGGUGCUGCGGUUUAACGCCGGUCACGCUCGACAACCCAAACGCACACUUUUCGUGUGCCGGCACGGCGAGAGGAUGGAUGUGGUGUUUGGCAAACACUGGCUGUCCCUCUGCUCGGACAGCAAAGGUAGAUAUGUCCGUUCCAACCUGAACAUGCCCCCCAGUUUGCCCCUGUGGGGGGCGCAGAGAGACUACGACAUGGACGCUCCCAUCACUGUGUUUGGAUCCUCGCAGGCGCGGCUCGUAGGGGAAGCUCUCCUGGACAGUAACGCCGUGAUCGACCUGGUGUACUGCUCGCCCUCGCUGCGCUGCGUCCAGACGGCCCACAACAUCCUGAGAGGUCUGCAGCAGGACGGGAAGCUGAAGAUCCGGGUGGAGCCGGGCCUGUUUGAAUGGACCAAGUGGGUGUCGGGGGCGUCCCUGCCGGCCUGGAUCCCCCCCCCUGACCUGGCUGCAGCACACUUCAGCAUAGACACAACCUACAGACCUCUGAUCCCCGCCAGCAAGAUCACCGUGUCCGAGUCUUACGACACCUACCUGAGUCGCAGCUAUCAAGUGACCAAAGAUAUCCUGGCAGACGGCAAGAACUCUGGAAACAACGUCCUGAUUGUGGCCCACGCAUCUUCCCUGGAGGCCUGCACCAGGCAGCUGCAGGGCCGCAGCCCACAGACCGCCAAGGACUUCAUCCAAGUGGUUAGAAAGAUCCCGUACCUGGGCUUCUGUGCCGUGGAGGAGCAGGGGGACACGGGUGUGUGGCAGAUGGUGGACCCUCCCAUCCUCCCCCUCACCCACGGACCCAACCACACCUUCGACUGGAGGGAGACGCUUCUGCAGGAGUGAUGGACGUGAUCCCUGCUGGUCUGAGGAGCGGGGGUCUGAUCCCCGGACCACCGGGUCCCCCUCGUGGAGCCUCCCUGGGAGCACGCUGAACCUCAAUGUGCUGGAUGGAUCGGGGUGUGAGUCUGGGUUUGAGCUGCUUGUGUGUGAAUGUGGCUUUCAGCGUGAACAGCUUUGGUGGAGAUCUCAGUGAGAGACGAGCGCUUCCCGCCCCCCCAGCCUCAACGCCCCCGUGUGGCACCUUUUUUCCAGGAAAUAAACUGUAAAAUACUGCGAAACCAAAGGUGGCUUGAUCUGAGCUGAGCUGAACCUGCAGGACUCCACGGUGAGCGGAGGCCGAGUCGGGCCCGUCCCCGCGGUGCUGAGCUCUGCUGAAGGACAACGCCUGGAUGCUUCGUCCAGGUCUCCAUCAGGGGCCGGUGCUCCUCACACGUGAAAGACUCCUCUGGUGCGUCGCGCUGGUGGAGAAGCACAACCGACAAGCGCUCGGUAGCACCUUAAUCCUGGUCCAGCGGAGAUGCUAGCACGUUGGGUUCAUGUUGCUGUCAUCAUGUCUGUUCAGAGUCUUCCAGUUGUAGCUUUAUUCAUGUGAUACCGUAUAGGCCCGAAUAUAAGACGACCCUGAUUAUAAGACGACCCCCUCUUUUGCAAAACUCAAGUUUGAAAAAGGACUUUUUAAACACCAAAUUCAAUUUUUAUACAGAAAAUAAUUACAGUACAUCUGAAACAAAUGAUUAUAACAAAAUAUUCUAGAGAAAAAGCCUGUUAUUUUGCCUCAUUCAAAUCAUCAUGUUGAUGUUUGCAUCAUAACUUCUCCUCAGCUGCCGGUUAACCUGCCGAUCUUCCAUGGAGCCAAAUCAAGGCCAAAAGUUUUGCUAAUUUGAAAAUAAAAUUGUAAUUGAAAAUCUAAGAUUUGAACCUGAAAAUUCAAGAUGUGAAACUGAAAAAAAAAAAAAAAAAAGAUCUGAAACUGAAAUAAAAAGAUCUGAAACUGAAAAAAAGAUCUGAUACUGACAAAAAAAAAUUUCAGCUUCAAAUCUUAGUUUUUCAAUUACAAUUUUAUUUUCAAAUUAGCAAAACUUUUGGCCUUGAUUUGGCUCCAUAAUCUUCCACCCACUUUUCUCCAGAUUGUCCCUACAUUUCUCCAUUUUCUGUUAUCUCUUAUUUUCUUCUCUUUUCUUUCUUACCUCUAUUUUUAUUUUUAUUCUUGGUGACAGGGGUUUGUUUUGGCCUGGAGAGUUAAGUUCAGAGUUCGCUUUAGAGAUAUCUGGUGCCAUCUAGUGUUGUGAAUGGGUAUAAUGUCUAGACCCCGAAUGGAAGACGACCCCCACUUUUUCAGUCUUAUUUCAAAGGAAAAAACUCUGUCUUAUAUUCGGGCUGAUACGGUAAGCCCUUUCCCAGCAUGCAGCAUGUUUAUGAGCAGUGUCUCAGGUGUCCACACAUCCAGCUCGGUCCCGUGACCUUGAGCUUCUGACCUUCACACAAACCUUUCUUGUAGCAGUUCAUUUUAAUUUUUAAUUUUAAUUAUUACAAGGUUUUUUUCACAACAGUUAUCACCUGAAUGGCUGUGAAAUAAACAAUAAAGACGUAAUCAACGUUUGGACUUUAAAUUAAGAGCUUAACAUUUAUGUGUUCCAACCACUUUAAACUAAGACCUGAGGUACAAACGUAAGUAAAAGCUGCACUUUUACUCCGUGGAAGGUUUUCCAGUCAGCCGGUCCCCAGCAGGUGAAGUGAGGAGGAAACGGACCAGAGCCGCAGGACGGACCUCGUCCCAGGAAAUCCUCUCAGGGCCUAAAACGGAGGGACUUAGUCUGAAACGUUCCAGGGGCCGGAUUCACAAAACAUUCUUAAGAAAAAAAAUCUUCUUAAGUGUCAUUUUUUUCUUAAGUUCAGUCUUAAGAAGAAAAAAAGAGAAGAAGUCAUAUUCUCCAAACAAGUUCUUA